AUGCAAUUGUUCGGGAUUAACCGGUCGAGCGUGCCUCUACUGAUAUUCUAUGGGGAGCUCGUGCCUAUCGCCCAUUUCUGGGACAGGCUUGGAGCGUUCGGACGAGGUUAUGUCCUCACAUUGGCUUGUCGCAUAUGGUAUUGUAGUCCAACUACUGUGUGGAUAGAUUCCGAGCAAGGAACUUUGAUUCGUGGAUUGGAGGGGCCCAAUCACUAUCUAGGUGAUGCCGACGCCUUCAAUCAUAAUGUUGUCAAGUCACUGCCAUCGAGUGUCGAACUUCUCGACGAAGACGUUUGCUUCCGUUACUUCUCUCAGUUCCCACUGGGUAAGGGUUUUGACCGUGACGCCAUUGACAUAAUCCACUCCAUGUCCGAGAGAGGAGCGGCCGGAUCUCCGGUUAUCAAUCGACCUCGACCCCACGUCCUUUCUAGUAAGACAGAUUCCUUAAUCACAGUCGGAAGUAUUGUCUGGGAAAAUUAUGGUUGCUUUGGCGACCAAGUCGUUAUGACAGAUGGAAGAACAAGAUUUACUCUUACAGACUCGGACAAAGACCCCAGGUUGCAUUUAUGUUCCGACGUCGACCAGAAUUCCUGGAUGUCGCAGGCUUCGAGUGUAUUUCACCGACUCGGAAUCUCGUUGGAUGAUGAUUUGUCGCCUUACAAGUUCGCUGUGCCAGUCAUCCGCCUAACAGCGUCAAUUGGAAAUUCGCAACAACGCUCGGAGGAUCAACCCAUAUACUUCUUCCUCCAUCCAGUACCCGAACAUGGCGUGCCCACCCACACCUGGUCUUAUGAUGCGGAUGGAAAAACAUCCAUCCCAUACCAUCAUUGUGAAUACCUUGGUCUACCUACUGAGCUUAGCAUGAAUCGCUUCACAUGGACUUGCUGGCCUCAGAGCGAGACGUACAAAUCCAUCCACAAAUGGCAGGUUGCGAGAGGAUUUGAUCCAACCACCACCGAGUUCGCACGUUACCUUGAAUAUUCCAUAUUCGAAGUUCAGCCAGAGUCAGUGUCAUCUCAGAUUGAAGAACUGGACCCCUCCGAAGCAUCAAGCUCAAGUAUCGUAGAAAAUCCACGCAAAAAUGAUCCAGGUCAAUCUGCAGUCAGUUCAAUCUGGUCAGCAAUCACUGCUCCCCUCACUUAUGCCGCCGAUGAGGACUCGAAAAUUUCGGCGGCAUUGAUGUAG